AUGACAUCAUUCAAGCGGACGGCCGACUACCUCGAUCACCUCGAAUAUCCCGACGACUGCCAUGACCCCUUUUCGUCUCAAUCAUUCUCCUCACAGCACUCGCAGAGCUUCGAUGGCGGCUCGGACCAAUAUAUAAAUGUCGGUGCUCGUGAUUGGAACCAUGUGUGGAACGAGCUGAUCGGGGAUCCAACCCACGAGUCCGGCAUUGGCCAUGGUGGCGAUGUGGAAGAAGCAGAUCCCCAUACCAACACCUUCUUUUCUGCCAUCGACAAUGUGCAGGGCCACAUUGAAUCGUGGUUCGCAAACGACCUGGGGAUAGGUCCAUUCGGAGAUGCAGAUGCGCUGCAAAUAGACCUAGGAGAUACCGUCGGUCAGCCGCACAAUGAUUUCAAUCGGUGCUAUGGCAUGAUUUACCGUGCAAAAGCUAAGCUUCAAGGGGUUAUGUCAGAGGUGUCACGUUGUCUCAGGGAAGACGUGCCUCAGGCUCGGACGCAUUUUAUCCUGGACAUCAUUUGUGCGGACGAGCAGCUUUAUGUCUGCAUUCCAGGUGGUAUGCGUAUUGCAACUCUCAACGUCCACUUGACCGAAGCAUUGAUGGAGCACGUCAAAGUCCAAAAGAUCCGGCUUGAAGCCCUAGUCCACCGCAGGACGAUAUUCGACGAUAUUGGGGCUGCCACAAAAGCCAAUGAGGCGGUCACGACCAUCAACAUCAACGUCUAUGGGACUGAAGAAUCUCAACGCGACAUUGGCCACGACCUCUCUGUCAAAAAAGUAUGGCUCCAACGACCUGAUUGGGUGAGCCCAACUUCGACAUAUGACAAUCCGCACGUCUUGAGAUUGGGAACAACUCAGUCAGAGAGCGAGGUAGAGAUACCUUGUCAAAUUGAGCAGUCCUCUAGAACGUCGGGCUUCCAAGAAUCGGUUGAGGAAAUGUACUCGAUGCUGCAGCGCGAUUCGCAUCUUCAGGGUUUAGCUGGGGAUGCUCGCCUCGGCACAGAACUUCUUCAGCACCAGAAGAAGGCCCUGGACUUCAUGAUACAACGAGAGACAGGCCCUAUCCCGGAGCGAUUUCAGUUGUGGGAGGCCACCACGGUAGAGUCGGAGCCCUGCUACCGUCACAAAAUCGCAGGCAUCAAAUCUCGGGUGGUUCCAGCCGAGACUGGCGGCGGUAUUUUGGCAGAUGAAAUGGGCAUGGGGAAAACCUACUCGAUGUUGGCUUUGAUUGUCCGGACACUGGAUGAGGCAACAAAGUGGUCCGGUGAUCCGGAUGCGCACAUUGCGGAGGAAAUCCUCCCUACCAAAAUCCUUUCGAGGGCAACAUUGGUCGUUGUGCCGUCUCCGAUACUGCUGGCAACUUGGGAAAACGAGUUCAUAAAACGCGUCAACUUGCCAUUAAAGUUACUGAAAUAUCACGGCAGUGGGCGAACCAAGGAUCCUACAGUCAUGGCCGACAAUGACAUUGUCUUGACCACUUACCAUACAUUGAUCGCAGACAAGCACAGAUCGAAUCCCGCCACCGAGGUCGCUUGGUAUCGUAUCAUCCUGGAUGAGGCACACUUCAUACGGAGAAAUUCCACUUUUCUACACAAGGGCGUUGCUGAACUUGACGCAAAGUUCCGCUGGUGUCUGACGGGCACGCCUAUACAGAACACCCUAGAUGAUAUUGGCUCACUGUUCGCCUUCCUCAAGAUAUUCCCGUUUGACAGAUUGGGAAUCUUUCGCAGAUACAUCACAGUUCCGUUCAACGAAGGGGGAAACAGGCGCCUGGACGGCCAACAGAAUCUUGCACACCUAUUCGACUCACUCUGUAUCCGACGUACGAAAGAGCAUCUCAACCUGGCUGUUCCUGUUGAGAGGACACGUCCAAUUCAGUUGUCGCCUGAGGAGCGGGCGCAGUACCAAAAGACAAAAGAGGACAUGAAACGAACUUUGCAGCAACUUGUGGGAGCAUCUGAGACCCAGAGUAGAUUUAGCAUGUUUCAAGCCCAACUGCAGCUGCGCCUGCUCUGCAACCAUGGUACUUUCCAGCAUCAGUUCCAUUGGGCCAAAAGCAGGAACACCCGGGAUGCUCGAGAAGAUGCGGUAAACUCUGCUGGCACCGAUGGCGAAAUCAAGUGUUCGGCGUGCGGACAGACAGUGCACACUGUUCUCUCGACUCGGCCCUCCGGCUUGUCCACUAUUUGCACACACGUCCUGUGCGCAGAGUGCAAAGAAGGCACAGGCGACAGCUGUCCCAUGUGCGAGGCCACUUUCAAACCUCUUCGACAUCAGCGGCACACGGCAGGAGCGAUCUCCCAGUCCCGUUUGCACGAAGGCGACCUCCGCUCCGAAGGCCGCUCCUCGAAAAUGGUGGCCCUGGUCGAGGAUCUCCGGAGCGCCGCAGCCGAUGGUGAUAAGAGCAUCGUCUUCUCGUGCUGGACGACGACGCUAGACUUGAUCGGCAAGCACCUGUACUACUCGGGCGUCACAUUCGAGCGGAUCGACGGCGAGCACUCGGUCGAGCACCGGCAGAGCGUGCUCGCUCGGUUCGAGACCGACCCGCACAUUCCCGUGCUGAUCAUGACUACCGGCGUGGGCGCCUUCGGCCUGAGCAUCAUCGCCGCAAGCCGCGUCUUCCUGGUCGAGCCGCAGUGGAACCCCAGCGUCGAGGCCCAGGCGAUUGGCCGCGCCAUACGCAUUGGCCAGGAAAAGGCGGUGCAGGUGACUCGCUACGUCGUCGAGAAUUCAGUGGAAGAAAGCAUCCUGAAGCUGCAGCAGCGCAAGCGGGGCAUCGCAAAGAUGACCACCAAGGAUGUGGAGAUGGCUGACACGUACAUCAAGCCCGAGCACGAGGCGUUCUAUUGA